AAUGUCCAACAUGAUAGGAUCGAUCCAUCUAUAUUCAUCCUCUAUUCCGCCACUCGAUCGUCACCAGUAGUAAUUAGCUUCUACGUACACGAGCGAGCGAACAGGGUCUAAUCGAACGUCGAAAAAUGGCGCGAACUUUGGCGUUCCUGCUCGUGCUACUGUGCUCCAGUGCAAGCCUCGUCACAAGUAGCACCAGCGCAGGGCUCCGCAUGAAGCUCACCCACGUCGACGACAAGGCGGGCUACACUACGGAGGAGCGCGUGCGGCGCGCCGUCUCCGUAAGCCGGGAACGCCGAGCCUCCACGCAGCAGCAGCAGCAGCGCCGGGCGUUCGGCGACGUGAGCGCGCCGGUCCACCUGGCCACCCGGCAGUACAUCGCCGAGUACCUCAUCGGCGACCCGCCCCAGCGCUCGGACGCCCUCAUCGACACCGGCAGCAACCUCAUCUGGACCCAGUGCGCGACGACGUGCCUCAAGGCGUGCGCCAAGCAGGACCUGCCCUACUACAACCUGUCGAGCUCGGCGAGCUUCGCGCCCGUGCCCUGCGCGGACAGCGCCAAGCUGUGCGCGGCCAACGGCGUGCACCUCUGCGGCCUGGACGGCAGCUGCACCUUCAUCGCCAGCUACGGCGCCGGCAGCAUCAUCGGGUCGCUCGGCACCGAGGCCUUCACCUUCCAGUUCGGCGCGGCGAGGCUCGCCUUCGGGUGCGUGAGCCUGACGCAGAUCACGAAGGGCGCCCUGAACGGCGCGUCCGGGCUCAUCGGACUCGGCCGCGGCCGCCUGUCACUCAUCUCCCAGACGGGCGCCACAAAGUUCUCCUACUGUCUCACCCCCUAUUUCCGCAACCACGGCGCCUCCAGCCACCUGUUCGUCGGCGCGUCGGCGAGCUUGAGCGGCGGCCGCGCCGUGACGUCCAUACCGUUCGUGAAGAGCCCCAAGGAGUACCCCUACAGCACGUUCUACUACCUCCCUUUGGUGGGGAUCAGCGUGGGGAAGACCAAGCUGCCGAUCCCCAGCGCGGUGUUCGAGCUCAGGCGGGACGCUGCUGGGUAUUGGUCCGGCGGGGUGAUCAUCGACACCGGCAGCCCUGUCACAUCCCUCGCCGACGCCGCGUACAGGGCGCUGAGCGAGGAAGUGACCCGGCAACUGAACCAUAGCCUCGUGCAGCCGCCAGGAGACACCGGACUGGACCUGUGUGUGGCACGGCAAGACGUUAACAAGGUCGUACCGGCGCUGGUCUUCCACUUCAGUGGCGGUGCGGACAUGGCGGUGCCGCCGGGGAGCUACUGGGGGCCCGUGGACAAGUCCACGGCGUGCAUGCUCAUCGAGGAAGGAGGUUACGAGAGCGUCAUCGGCAACUUCCAGCAGCAAGACUUGCACCUGCUCUACGACAUCGGCAAGGGGGAGCUUUCGUUCCAGACCGCAGACUGCAGCGUGCUCUGAGGCUCUGAGCCCCUCACCUUGCUUGUGUGUCCUCUCUACUGUCCGAUGAACCUACAACUCAGUAAGUAGGUUAUGGAAAGAAAUAUGGGGAAUGAUGGGGGAAAAGGUUGCAGCUAACCUGGAAGGGACACCGUGUCACCACCAAAAAGAGAGGCUAUUUGUACAGCAACACAACUCGGUGUAGGAAUCAACGGUCACCCAAACACUAAUCAUAUAUAUUACCUGUUUUCCUGCAAUUGUUAAGAUCAAAAUCAGCAUCUGUUAACUAAUGCAGAGCGUGAAAUUUCUCUGCAGACAAAAAAGGC